CACAAAUUGUUCUCCCCCUUAAUCGGUGACUUUAUACGUUGUUUAAUCUGAAUGCAGUCGGGUUGUGAAAGCCGUUUCCUUGCGGGGCUCCAGCCUCAGGUGCUGUUCACUGUGCAGACGGUAGAGUGCGAGAAAAUACUCUCGAUCGGAUGCUGAGACUCUAGUUCCCAGAGUCCUCCGCCCAGUGGAGAUGCGAGUCCCGAGCUUCCGCUGCGAUCCGCAGGACUGACACAUCAGCAGCUCCGAGGAGUGGCGGAACCGGUGCGAGCACUGCUCUCGGUCAAAGUCCGGCUCGCCUGCACCACACCGUGCAGGGUGCGCCCUGAGCGACGAAACUCGGGAGCCGAGGAAGAGGCAAGUCUCGGAUCGGCAUAUUGCCAAUUGUCGGAGUCUACAGACGGAUAGUGAAAUGCAUUUCCCCAAGACGAAGUGAUUUACAGACAACAUUACGGUGGAGAUGUGGGACGCAGUUGUUGACUUUUAGUGGUACGGAGGGGUAGUGGCACUAGGCGAUUCCUUGUCCACUCCACGGCGAGCCACGGCUCAGUGUGCAUAAAGUGCAGUUUUCGGAGAUGGCUUAAAGAACGCUCUCUGCGAGUGAGAGAAGGGAGGCACUGAGGGAGAUCAUGACUUCAGUGGAGCUGGUGUUUCUGGGCGAAGACCGGGCGCACUCUGGACAUUGGAAGGAACUAAGCUGGGGUAUCCAUGGCCCGGUCUCCAGUUCAGCACCUGGGACAGCGCCGAUGCAGAGUGCCGGCUUUAAAGCGGAGCGCCCGGACUCCAAGGUAUGCUGUCACCAGCAACUGGAAACUUCCUUCUCCUACAUUGAUGAAAAUGUCAAUCUCCAGCGCGCGUGUUCCCCGCUGUCGGACGGAAGCUGCAGCCCUCCGUGUUACCAAGGCGCCUGUGGCGACGGCAGACCGGCACCCGAGGAGCUGCGAGAACUCUCGUCUCUCUCCGAGGACAUCUCGCCCGAUCUCUCCGACUCCCCAGUGGACUAUGGCUUCAUCAGCGCUCUGCUCUUUCUCUGUAGUGGCAUCAGUCUGGUCAUCAUAUCCUACGUCAUCCCCCGGGAUGUGAGCGUGGAUCCGGACAGUGUUUCAGCCCGGGAAAUGGAGCAAUUGCAGCGGCAGAGUGCCCGCGUGGGAGCUCACCUGGACAGGUGUGUGAUCGCUGGCCUUGGACUCCUCACUCUCGGCGGGAUGCUGCUCUCCACCUUGCUGAUGAUAUCCAUCUGCAAAGGCGAGUUGUACCGGCGCCAGAGGUUCUCAUUGGCUGGCAGGUCGGGGAAGAUCUAUGGAUCCUUCAACUUCCGCCUGAGUUCCCCCAACCAUCGAUUUUCACUGGGAGCAGAGGAGAUGAUUACUAACGACUAAUGGUAUGGUGUGGUGGGUCCUAAACUCGUUCUUUACACAAGGUACAACUUUAAAACAGUCGGAAAAAAAACAAUCAAACUGCCCAGACCCCUCCUCUGCAAAGGACAGAGAACGUGCAAUUCCCAAGCAAUCUCCACUUUGUCCCGUUGCCUGACGAGUAGAUAUAGCAAAUGCUCCUCGGCCACUUCAGGUCUGCCUGAGAAUCAGCAUUCUAGCAUUUGCGAACUUGGAAACAAAUUACAAAUCCAGUAACCCAUUUCUCCUCCCACAUAACAUGUUCCUGUUGGUUCACGGCUUUCAUCUAUUUAUUAGAACACAGGAAAGGGUGGAGGUCACUCAGUCCCUCAAAUUUGUUCCAUCAUCAGUGAUAUGCACUAGAUCUCCAGUUCCUGCCUUAUGUUUAUUUCACAAACAUGUCACCUCGUUAAAUAAAAUCAAUCGAUCUCCAUAAACUACAACCUAAUAAUGAUGUCCUUCCCCGGAAAAUCCCCGGAAAAUCUGCACCCUCCCGUUACUGCCCCAGAACGGCCUGGCUCUAGUUUUAUACUCCCCUGCCAGAAAAAAAUAACGUUUCUAUUUUAACAAUAACAGGGGUUAGAAUUUUAAACAACUUGGUGAGCUCACAAAUCAGCCUUCCAAACUCACGCAUGGCUGACUCCAAAUUAAACUCUUCCGUUGUUUGGUUGAAACGAUUUUUUCUCUCUUCUUGUUUGUCUGGACAAUUGAUUUAUUACUGUUUCCUAUAAAAUCAGAAGUGAGAACACUUGGCAAGGCAGUCAACAUCUUGGGUAAAACAGAUGAGUUUAGGAUUCAAUGUGGGUCCUGGUGACCCAUUUCCUCCCAGUUCCCAACCUACAGUCAUUUCACGUUGCUGCCUUGUUCUAAUUGAACUGAAAAUCAAUAACUUUCCGACACCUGAUUUACAGAAGAAAAGAUGGUUUAAGGUUAAAUGCUUAAUUAGUGAUAGAAAGCCUUGGACAGAUCAUCCACAGAGCCAGUAUGAGUCUGUUAGACUGAAUGGCUUCCUAUCUGUUGUAAUAUUUUUCUAUACUGUUCCAGACUCCAUUUCUGUUUCUCCAAGUUGUGCAAUAACUUGAGCGAUUUGGAACCACAUGUCUGUGUAGGCCCUUCAGUGAAUUAACUGCAGGUUAAUUUAUCCCAGUCCACCAUAGCUGCAACUAAUACUAAAUGAGAUCUCUAACACACUUGAUUGUAUUUUAUAGAGAAACAGUGAGUUACACAACCUUACCCCUGAAAAACAUUGUCAGCUGAGCAGAGUUGUUCAACUCCUAUGUUAUUUCGUUUUUAAAUUAAGUUUCUACUUCAGAGCUCUUUGUUUUGAACAACAUGUUUCUUUAAUUACAUUUGUUUGUAAAAAUAAUAUGUAUUUGUUUCCAAAAUGCAAACUGAUGUCCAGCAACACACAUUCUCCAUAAUCUUUACUCUAUCAAAUGAGACAUCUUCUAUUGUGAAACAUGGCAUUCAUUAAGUGAAUGUAAACAUGGAAGAAUGUUAACAUUCACAAGGGGGAACCGUUGUAGGUAAGUAUCCAUUCUCAUUCUGUUUUGGUCUGAUCCCCUCCAAAGAUUGUUCACUUCCCUUAAGCAGGCCUGCCAAUGAUAUGGGCUCCGGAAAGGGUACCGAGAUAAUCUUGCAUUGCUCCUUUAACAGAGGAAUCUGAGUAGCAUGUGUUAGGUUCCUAAAAGGAGAAUAGCAAUAAGGAGCAGGAACAAUAUUAUAUAAAAUCCUCAAGACACAUUUCAUUACACCCUCGCACUGAGAAGAUGCUUUUUGAACCUGGUCCAAUUCCUUUUUAAUCACCUUGUGUACAUUCCCUAACUCCUCGCAGUGCACCUCCUGGGCCACAACAAGCAGAGUGGAUCAACAGCCUCACCACUCAUUCCCUUAAUGUCAGAGCAAAGGAUUCCCUCUCUCUCCAUUGCCCUGACCCUGUAUUUCCUCCGCCAAGGACAGCUAAACCAGUACUCCUGAGUAAAAUAUUUACUUCCUUAAUGACGUGAUUUGAGGAGUGAAUCAGGUUUGAAGUGUGUGUGAUUUCUAGACUAUGAAGGUCAUGGUCAGCAUCUGUCUCUGUACCACAGGUUGUGUGUUGAUAAGUGAUUUAUACAAGCCCUUCAUAAUUACAAGGGAUCCAUAACACUAUUUCAGUUUUGAAAA